ACUGUUAGCGUUUUGACCUCGCGACAUUCCAACUGAUUUCCUAUUCUGCCUCCUCCGGCAUAAACCCUAGAACAACAGUGGUCAAAGGAAGCCAUGGCCGCCGGAGAGCUUGCCUGCACCUACGCUGCUCUGAUCCUCUUCGACGACGGCAUUCCCAUCACUGCUGAAAAGAUUUCAACUUUGGUCAAAGCUGCCAAUGUCAAUAUCGAGUCCUUCUGGCCAGGACUGUUUGCUAAGCUCUUUGAGAAGAAAAGCAUCGAAGAUCUCAUCCUGACCUCUGGCUCUGACUUGGAAAUUGCAGGUGGAGCUUCUGUUGCAGCUGCUGCCCCUGCUGCUGGUGCUGGAGCUCCUGCUGCUGCUCCUGCCGCUGCUACUGAAGAGGAGAAGAAGGAGGAGCCGAAGGCAGAAAGUGAGGAUGAGGAAGACUUUGGAUUCGACCUAUUUGCCUAGAACACAGGCUCUACAUUCCCAGUCGGCUUAGGACUAUGUGGAUAAUAUCAUUAAGGCUUGUUUGAUUUGUGGAAAUGAUUUUAGAAUCAUGAUUUUGAUUUUAACUCUACCCACUACACAACAAAAAUACACGUUUCCCAAGUCAAAUUUAUAAUACAAUCUCAUUUGUCCUUUUCCACAA